AUGACUGAAAUCAACAUCGCCGAUCAUUUGAGCCUCCCGACACUAGUGUCUGGGAAUUAUCUCUUGGCGUUGAUACCUUUAUUUCUAUACUUCAUCUACAAAUGUACCCUUGCAACGGAUAUCCCACAUAUCAAGGGCCUUCCGGAGAUUCCCGGUGCGAUCCCAGUCUUUGGCCAUCUCCUCAAGCUGGGAGAUGAUCAUGCAAGCGUGUGUGAAGGCUGGUGGCGCCAAUAUGGCCACUCAGUCUUUCAGAUCAAGUUAGGCAAUACGCGGGCCGUGGUAGUUAACUCUUUUGAAGACUGUCGUAAAAUGCUUCUCGGGCAUCAAAAUGCCAUCAUUGAUCGACCUAAGCUUUACACCUUUCAUGGUGUCGUGAGUAGUACUCAGGGAUUUACGAUCGGGUCUUCACCUUGGGACGAGUCAUGCAAGAAGAAGCGCAAGGCAGCAGGAACUGCCUUAGGUCGACCAGCUCUCCGCAACUAUUACCCAAUGUUUGAUUUGGAGAGUUACUGUAUUGUGCGAGAUCUCCACCGGGAUAGCGGGAAUGGCAACAUCGAGUUGAACGUCCGCCCAUACAUCCAACGGUUCGCGCUCAACACAACCUUGACUUUGUGCUACGGUAUUCGCAUGGAUGCUGUGUAUGACGAUCUCUUACGUGAGAUCCUUGAGGUUGGCUCGGCUAUUUCCCUUCUUCGUAGUGCCUCGGAGAAUCUGCAAGACUAUAUCCCUAUCUUACGGUACAUGCCGAACAACGAGAAGACUGCUCGAUCAAAGCAGCUACGCGACCGUCGGGAUGCUUAUCUGAAUCUCCUACUGGAUAAAGUGCGGGAGAUGAUCAAGAAAGGCACUGAUAAGCCUUGCAUUUCUGCGGCUAUUCUGAAGGAUGAAGAGACAAAGUUGACUGGAGUGGAAGUAUCUUCCAUCUGCUUGUCAUUGGUGUCGGGUGGUUUUGAAACUAUCCCUGGUACACUGACAUCGGCUAUUGGUUCCCUUUCCACUCCUGAAGGGCAAGUCUGGCAAGACCGUGCCUAUGAAGAUAUUAAGCGAUAUUAUCCCGAUGUUCGGGAUGCGUGGACCAGCUGCAUUUCCGAUGAGAAAGUGCCAUACGUGAACGCCAUUAUCAAGGAGGCUGGCCGAUACUAUACAGUCAGCUCUAUGAGCCUGCCUAGAAAGACGGUCACGGAGGUGAACUGGAAUGGGGCAAUCAUUCCACCAAAGACGAUGGUGUUGAUUAAUGCCCAGGCAGGGAAUCAUGAUGUGGAUCACUUUGGAUCAAAUGGAGGCAAGUUUGAUCCUGAAAGAUGGCUCAAAUCUCUGGACCCUCCUGAAGAAAGUGAAGUGAGCGGUUUGCCUCACUUGAGUUUCGGAUCCGGAUCUCGCGCUUGUUCUGGCCAGUUCAUUGCAUCCAGACUGUUGUAUUCUGCACUUAUUCGACUUCUCUCCUCCUACAAAAUUGUCGCCAGCGAAGUUAGUCCACCCAACACGGACUAUGUGGAGUACAAUCAGUUCAAAACUGCAUUAGUUGCCAUUCCCAGGGAUUUCAAAGUGCGAUUAAUUCCCAGAGACGACGCAGUCAGAUCUGAAUGUUUGAACCUGGCCGAGAUGAGAACUAAGGAGCACUACAAAGAGUAA